AUGGAUGAUUCAGACUCAGACCCAAUGACCUUUAUAAAAUACAAGGGAUUUGACCAUUUGUGGAAAUACACGGGCCCAUGGCUUUGGUGGCUACUUGGAUUGUAUUUUUGGCUUCCUGUACUCGCUUAUAUCGUACUCCCAUACUUCACAUCAAAAAGACGUUUCAGUAAGAAGAAAUCAGCCACUUUAUUUGUGUUAGGAGAUAUAGGUCAUUCUCCUCGUAUGUGUUACCAUGCUAGAUCCUUAGCAAAAUUGGAUUACUAUGUCACUUUGUGUGGAUAUUUGGAAACUUUCCCACCAGAAGAUAUCGUAGACGAUGAGAAUAUUGACAUUCAACUGAUUGAUCCAAUUAGAAACACCCUUGGACUUCCUUUCAUUGCAUUUGCUGCGCAGAAAAUUGUAUUACAAUGCUUCCAACUCUUUAAUUUGUUAGUUGAAUAUGGUUGUGCAGACUAUAUUAUCAUUCAAAACCCUCCACUGAUUCCAAUAUUGAUAUUGGCUAUCAUUUACAAGAAACUUCUUUCCAGAGAUACUCAAAUUGUGAUUGAUUGGCAUAACUUAAACUAUUCAAUUUUGAAUCUCAAGUACCAAAAUGAGGGCCAUCCAUUGGUUCGUUUUUUAAAAUCAUAUGAAAAAUAUGUGGGGCGCUGGGCGGAUCACCACAUUACUGUGACUGUUCAAAUGAAACAAUUUCUUGUGAAGGAGUUUGGCCUAAGUUCGAAACGUAUCACCACUCUUCAUGAUAGACCAGCGGAAGGAUUCGAGCCCUUAGUUUCUAUGGGGAUCUCUCAACUGGAGGUACUUCGUAACCAUGAACUAUUUGAAAGCGUUGGAGAUGAAAUCAGUAAAUACCGAAUUUUGGUGAGUUCGACAUCUUUCACUCCUGACGAAGAUUUUAAUGUUCUCUUGGACGCAUUGAAGAUGUAUGACCAAGAUAUCAAUCUUCCUCCUGUACUUUUAGUAGUAACUGGGAAGGGUCCACUCAAGGAACAAUUCCAUAAACGUGCUGAACAGUUGCAAUUUCUGAAUAGAGUUAUCAUUAAGACCGCAUGGCUAUCUUUUGAAGACUACCCUUUAAUCUUAGCGGCUGCAGACUUAGCGGUAUCUCUCCACACUUCUUCUAGUGGUAUUGACUUGCCAAUGAAAAUUGUAGACUUCUUCGGCUGUGGUGUACCAGUAAUUACCAUGGAUUUCCCAGCAAUUGGUGAAUUAGUCAAAGAUGGAGUCAAUGGAUUAGUGGUUAAGAAUAAGGCAGACCCAGCACAGGAGAUCUUUAGAUUGCUUCAGGAGGCAUUGACCAAUGAUGAGUUACUCCCAAGAAUAACAAAUGGAGCAUUAAAAGAAAGUAAACUUAGAUGGGAUGAAAAUUGGGAUAAUAAUCUUGGAAACUAUUUCAAGUAG